AUGCAACAACGUCGAGAUGAAAUCCUAGCGAAGAAGGCGAAGCUUGCUGAGCUCAAGCGCCAGAGAGAGCUUCGGGCAAGCCAAGCAACAGCAAGUCGCUCCAACAUAGGAACCUCUAGCGACUUGAUAUCGCCAACUCCUGGAAGAGCAGAUAACCGCCGUGAGAUCGAAACUCUUAUAAACAGUCUCGUUGGUGAUAGUAGGCCCGGCUCGACUGUCACGGGAGGACCUGGCUCUCCGGCUCCUCGUGGUAGCCGCCCAAACAGUGUCCUCAGCGCCGGCGAAAUCAGCAACGAACCCUCCGAAGUCACGACCACUAGUCACGCUCAAGUUCCUGCGCAACCGCCGCCUAGUCUUAGCACUGCUCCCCUCCUGACCGUUUUCGAAUGCCCACCGUCCCCCGUAAAGGAGGUUUUUUCAUACAGCAAAGGUGUCCAGACGACAGAGGAGUGGACCACACCUACCAGAACCAGGGCUCAGUCUCUCAUAUCUGAAGCCGAAGAUGUUCCCGCCGUAACUUCAACACCCAGCAAGAGGCUGAGCAGAAGAGAGCGAGAUCGAGAAGAGGAACUCCGACAAAAGAUUAGAGAAGAGGUGGAGGAGGAAUUGAGAGCGACAAAGGAGUUUCUGAGCGACGGUGUGCUUCCUUCCGGCUCGGCUUCGAAUUAUCCUUCCAGGAAUCUUACCGCUGAAGAGCUGGACGCUGUCGCCCACUCUGAUGAAUUCGUCGACUUCCUGGAUAAGUCGACAAAGGUGAUCGAGAGAGCUCUCGAUCAGGAGACAUAUGACAUUCUCACAGACUAUGCUUUACAAGGCCAGGAUAACGAUGAUGAAGAUGAAGACAGUGGUAACACGGGUGGUAAGGGGCGACACAGGAUAAAAGAAGUGGUCCAGUUCUUUGACGAGCGGUGGUCCAAGAAGCGCAUGAUCAGCGGAAUUGAUUUCUCGCCAAAGUUCAGCGAGCUUGUCCUCGCGUCAUACACCAAAAACCCUACAGCUCCCCAUGAACCUGACGGGCUGGUUCAGGUCUGGAACAUGCACAUGCAGGAUCGCCCUGAAUACGUUUUCACUGCGCAGUCAGAUGUCUUGACUGCUAAAUUUUCUCCUUACCACAAUAACUUGAUUAUCGGUGGUUCAUAUAGUGGCCAGGUGUUGCUGUGGGACACGAGAGCAAAGGCGGCUCCGGUUCAAAAGACUCCCCUUACGGGCUACGGCCAUGCCCACCCUAUCUACUCUGUUGAUAUUGUUGGUACCCAGAACGCCAACAAUAUCAUUUCUUGCUCCACUGACGGAGUAGUCUGUGGCUGGACAAUGGACGUCUUUGCUCAGCCUCAGGAACUUCUUGAACUCAAGAACCCAAGUCAGGCCAAGGUGGCUGUUGAAGACGUGAGCCCAACGUGCCUUUCUUUCCCAGCUACAGAUCCUACAUUCUUCCUCGUUGGCAGUGAGGAGGGCACCAUCUUCCCUUGCCACCGAUAUGACCGUGCCGGUGCCAAGGCUGGUGUUGAUAGGAAAAUCAGCUACAAGGGACAUACCGCCCCUGUCAUGUCUGUGGAUUUCCAUCCUGCUAGGGGACCGGUGGAUCUGGGCGAUCUGGUCAUAUCGUCGUCGCUCGAUUGGAGUGUUAAGCUUUGGAAGGUUCGAGCACCAGCGGCAACAUCUACAAUUGGCUCUGGCGAUGGCACCAUCUCGCCUCUAAUUGACUUUGUGCGUGAAGACGUCGUCUACGACGCUAAGUGGUCGCCCGUCAAGCCGAACAUAUUUGCAUUGGUCGAUGGUGCUGGAUGGCUGGAGCUUUGGGACAUCGCAGUCGAGACGGAAGAGCCUGUGUCCAGGAUUUCGCCAAGCUCUCGAAAGGAUGGCAGAACUAUGCUCUCAAAGAGUCUGAACAAGGUUGCAUGGGAGCCCAACGAUGGAAAGCGUCUUGCGACCGGUGGCAUCGACGGCUCUCUCACAGUAUUCGAAGUUGCGAGUGGUCUUGGUGGCAAGGAUGGCCCCAAAAACGAGGACUGGGCGAAUGUGAAGAAGCUUGUGAACCGACUGGAGGCAGUCGGUUCAAGUGGUGCAUUGAUAGUUUAG